UAACAAAUUGCCACUAUUUUAUCUUUUUGGAAAUUUGUCUGUGUUUAACCCAUGAAUCAACUUAAUCAGUCAUCAUUGACGCAGUCAACAUUGUAAAAGUUAUCCUAGUCAAGGUUAGUUUCGGUCUGCUGCCAACAAAAGGCGGCUGAGUAAUGUGUACGAAGUCGUUAAGAGGGAACAAAGAGACUCGGAAGCUGCUGUGCGCACUUCAGAAAUACAGCUUAAGGAGAAUUAGCGGCGGCUAAUGAAAACGAAACCUUGGCUAAGAUGAGCUGAGCAGGUAGGCAAGUAAACGGUAAAUCACCCACGUACAGGUAGUGCAAAAGGGGAGGCAAUAAACAACAGUGCAAAAGAAGUCAGCUAAUUACACGCGCUCGAACCCAACGCAGACAUCAACGCAGACGCAACACGCUCGCAGCUGAACAUGUUGCGUGUCUCGUGGAGUUUGCUGCCAACUGCGGCUGCGCGGUUGGUUCGCUGCAUUUCUUCGGCUUGGAAAAUGGGUCAGGCUAUAAAAAGACAAGUUCAAGGCGAUCGCCGUUUCAGACGUCAACAGCAGCCGCAGCAGCAGCAACAACCAAACGCGUAGUGAAAUCUCGAAGCAAACGAAAGUUUUGUCGGCCAACGAGCAAAGCAAAUAAAAUAAAAGAGAAGACAAAGAAAUAACAUUACACUCGAACUAUUGCCGUGGUGCUCCAUUGCAGUGCUGCAGGUGAAUUGUGCCUUUUCGACCAUCGCGUGAGAAACUCAAAUCGUGCGCCACGAAAUCUCGAGCGAGUGAACGAAGCUGCGUGAUCCCUGUGAGUCUCGUUAUCGUAACAAGCCUGUGCAACACUUGCAACUUUUAAUUAAUUUGAGCAGCCUGCGCUAAGCAGAAACACACAGAGCGCCAUGUUGAAUCAACGCAAACUACACGCCUACUUGCUGCUCUUCAUAGUGGCUAGCAACUGCCUGCUGCUCACCUACGCCUUUCCCCAGCAGGAGCUCUACCAGCGACAGUUGGCCCAGUCCCAGUCCCAGUCUCAAUCGCAGUCGCCUGUUUAUCGGCCCGAGAGCACCGGACGCAAGUAUGCCGUGAAGCCGAAUGCCUCCAAAAAGGUGGCGCUGGAUGACAUCGAGGAUGAUAUCGAGGGCAAUCAGAUACAGGAGACCGUGGGCGGACCUGGUGGCUUCACCUGGUCUAACAUGCUGUCCACGGUGAUGACCAUGUUCUUCAAUGGAGCCGCCAAUGCGCCGACCAAGUCCGAGGAUGUAGACAGCUCGAUUGGCUUGGGUGGCAGUCCCUGGGCCAAUGUCAUUUCCAUGGGCCUGCGCAUCAUUAACACGCUUUUGGGCGGCGGCGCGCCCAGCGACGGCAUCGACAAGGUCGACAACGGCGGUUCUCCCAUGCAGGGCAUCUUGGCGGCUGUGCUGUCAUCCGUGCUGGGCACCAGAGAUCCAGAUCAAGUCAACUCGAUGGCCAAGCAAGCUGGCGAGUUCAUACAGAUCGUUAUGAAUCUGCUGGACGCUCUGAAGACCUCGUUCUCGCACCGUUCGCUUACCGCCCGCUCCCUUGGCAAACGUGACUCGGUUAGCGAUGCAGCCGUCGCCGGCAUUGCGCUGCUCAAGGGCUACGUUCGCACCUACCGCAACGCGGAGGAUAAGUGCAUGCAGCGCUACAUGUGCGAUGCCAACACGGACUGCGUGCGCGAAAUUGGCGGCAGCAGCAUCUUCUGCCAACUGGGAUCCUAUGCCACCAGCUACAUGCUGGGCCGCAGCAGCAAUACCAGCUUCGAGCAUCUGUAUGAUGCUGGACGCAGAGGGCGCUCCGGCUUUGAUUGCCGUCAGCUGUAUCUGGAGUGCAAUGAGGUCUAAGGCGUGGCGAAUUGCUACGAGUUGAUUGCACAGUGAC